UCGCCUCGUCUACUGCAUCAUCUUGACUAGGCUUCGCGUGUUUCUGUCGUCGAGGAUUCCUCUAUUCCUCCAACCGGUUCCCCAUUUGCCUUUUCCUCCUCGAAAUUUCGUGACAUAAUCACCGAAGUUGAUUGGCACACUUUUUUAAUUUGCACCUCGGUCAUUGUGCGACUUCCUCACUUUGUAUGUGUUCCUGAGAUCCCGGUCCAAGGCAUUCUCCACCGCGUUGCAGCCAGCCAGUAUACCGACUUAUGGGGACAUCACUAGGCCGAGCGUCUAUUCAUUUUAAAUAGGGUGAUCUGCUAACAGCAAACACAGUCAUCUUCCUGGCACUUCUUCGUCCUCCAAGUUCACUCCCUCGACAUCCACCAUCGUCUCGGAACAUUGCUUCAUCACCUGUCACAUCGACGAUAAACGACAGCCCCAAAAUAGAGCAACCCCUACGGACCGUCGAGCAACCUUCCUCACUACUACCACACCACGCCCAUCACCGUCAUCAUGGCCCCCAAGAAGAUGAGAUGCACGCACAAGGAAUGCAAGGAAGCUGUCCAGCGUAUAGUAGGUGACUGCGGCUUCUGCGACGGCCACUUCUGCGCCAAGCACCGCCUGCUCGAGGACCAUAAGUGCACCGGCCUAGAGGACUGCAAGAAGGAAUCACACGAGCGCAACGCUGCGCAGCUCGAGUCGGAGCGGACCCAGGUCAUUAGAGGUGUAUAGACGUGCUCGCAUUCGAGCCUUG